UCAAUGCCUUAGGUGUUGGCAGCGCUAGCCUUCAACUGCCUCAAUGUGAACGUGGGCAUGAUCAUUUGCAUGCCGGUACUCAUCAUUGGCGCCCCUCAGGACCACUCAUUCACCCCUCAGUUUCUCUGAGGAGGAGGCGUCUUGGUUCGGUGGCCUUAUCUUCAUGAUUCAACCGCUGGGGAGUGUCGUGUCCGGCUUCCUCCAGGACUUCUUGGGCCGCAAGAAGUGCAUGAUGUUCGUCAACGUGCCCCAGUUUGCAGCUUGGCUCAUGCUCUACUAUGCCACUACCAAGUUCACGCUUUUUGCAGCAGUGACCUUGUUAGGUCUCAGUAUUGGUUUUAUGGAGGCUCCUGUGUUGUCUUACAUUGGAGAAGUCAGUGAGCCACGACUACGGGGGGUCCUUAGCACGGUGGGAGGCAUCUUCUUCAACGUCGGGCUCACUCUGGAGUCGGUCAUCGGGGCAACCACAGAUUGGAGGACCAUGGUCCUCAUCACGUCCGCAGCUCCUGUCACUGCCUUCGUGGCUUUGUCCUUGGUGAGUUUUCUGUGACAAAUGGUUUCUUAU